AUGAUCCUCGUUAAUGAUGAAUUAGUUGAAGGAAGGAAAAUUGUGAACAGAGCAAUUGUAAAAACCAUUGAGGUUGAUGAUGGUGAAAUCAUCGAUUGUUAUGACAUUUAUAAACAACCUAGUUUUAAUCAUCCUUUGUUUUCUAAUCAUACAAUACAGAUGACACCAAGUUCGUAUCCAAAACAAAUGAAAUCCGAUAAUUUUGGUACACUUCAACUUACACAAACUUGGCACAAGUAUGGAUCAUGUCCCGAAAAAACUAUUCCUAUUCGGAGGAAAGGAAAAAGUUAUGAUCUCGUAUCUUUACGUAAACAUUACGACGUUGUUAACGAAGUCCAUGAGUACGCCUAUGUUCGGGUUCAUGGAAAAUUUUUAGGAGCACAAGCAAAGAUAAAUCUUUGGAAACCAGUUACUGAAAUACUUGAGGAAAUAAGUGUAUCCCAAAUCUGGAUUGUAGCUGGUGAAAAUAAAAAUAAAAAUACUAUUGAAGCCGGAUGGGAAGUGUAUGAAGAUCUAUACGGUGAUGCCCAUACCAGAUUUUUCAUAUUCUGGACGACGGACGGAUAUCAAGACACCGGUUGCUACAACCUCAUGUGUGAAGGUUUUGUGCACACAUCAUCAGAUAUCGCCCUUGGUUGCGCAUUCAGUGAGGUGUCUACUUUUAAUGGUAGUCUAAAAGAUGCCGCCUUCAACAUUCACAAGGACCAAAAUACUGGAAAUUGGUGGGUAUAA